AUGGCCAAAGUCCGCCGGAACAGCGCCAUCACCGCGGCCGUCUGCUACUUCAUCGCCAUCAUCUUCCUCAUCCUCGUCAUCAUCGGCAACACCUCCAUCAAGCCCGUUCUGACGGACAUUUACUUCUUCAAACUCGAUGUCUCCGACAUCAUCCCGCUCUCCUCGGCCAACGCCGUCCUCCUCAACUCCGUAGCCCGCAGCCUGGGACUCCACGACUUUUACCAAGUCGGUCUCUGGAACUUUUGCGAAGGCUACAACGAUGAGGGCGUCACCUUCUGCUCAACCCCCCAGCGCAUGUGGUGGUUCAACCCCAUCGAGAUCCUCACCAACGAGCUCCUCGCCGGCGCCACCAUCGCCCUCCCCUCCGAGGUCAGCACCAUCCUCAACAUCCUCCGCAUCGGCCAGCAGGUCAUGUUCGGCCUCUUCAUCUCCGGCAUCUCCCUCGCCGCCGCCCUCCUCAUCGUCACCCCGCUCGUCAUGCGCUCGCGCUGGUGGAGCCUGCCCAUCGCCAUCUUCGCCGGCAUCACGGGUCUCCUCGUCACCGUCGCCUCCAUCAUCGGCACCGUCAUGAGCGUCGGCGCCAAGAUCGCCCUCACCCAGCAGUCCGAGCUCAACAUCAACGCCGUCCUCGGCGUGCGCAUGUUCGUCUUCAUGUGGCUCGCCAGCGCCCUCGUCGACCUCGCCGCCAUCCUCCACAUGGCCAUGGGCUGCUGCUGCUCGCCUAGGAAAGAGAGGGAGGCUGCCGCCGCCGCCGCUGCUGCUGCCGGCGGGGCGAGCACUACGCCGGAGAAGACGACCAACACGACUGAGAGCGGCGAGAAGCCGUCGAGGCUGCCGGCUUUUAUGAGAAAGCGCAGCCCGAGGUCGUCGACGUCGUAG